GUCUUCUCGCCUACCUCACGCUCCUCACGCUCAGCUCCCAUCCCGGCAGCCUUUUCGCCAACAAAAUGGCAGCUUCCCUGUCGCCUGGCUUCUCUUGCUUAACCAGGGCUUUGGGAUGGUGGUCUCGGCAGCCCAUUCUGGUGACUCAGUACACAGCUUUGGUUCCUGUCAGAACUAAAAAACGUUUCACACCUCCUACUUACAAACAGAAACACAAAACGCAAAAGGAAUUUCUAGAACAUGCACGGAAAGCAGGAUUGGUUAUUCCUCCAGAACGUUUGGAACGUCCCAUACAUCUGGCCUGUACCGCUAGUAUCUUCGAUGCCUACGUUCCUCCUGAGGGUGAUGCUCGCAUGUCAGCUCUUUCAAAGGAAGGACUGAAGCAGAAAACUGAGCGACUGAAGAAGAACGUGACAUCACAGUUGUCAACCCGGAAGAUAAGAGAAUAUGAUGCUAAUUUUAAGAUAAAGGACUUCCCCGAAAAAGCUAAGGAUGUCUUCAUUGAGGCUCACCUUUGUCUAAACACCUCGGACCAUGACCGGCUCCACACCUUGGUCACUGAGCACUGCUUCCCGGACAUGGUCUGGGAUCUCAGAUACAAGACGGUCCGCUGGAGCUUUGUGGAGUCUUUGGAGCCAGCCCAGGUGACUCAGGUGCGCUGCUCCAGCCUGGUGAACCAGAGCAACAUGUACGGCCAGGUCACUGUGCGCCUGCACACACGGCAGACUCUGGCCAUCUACGAUCGGUUUGGCCGCCUGAUGUAUGGGCAUGAGGACGUGCCCAAGGACGUCCUGGAGUACGUGGUGUUUGAAAGACACCUGACGAACCCCUACGGGAGCUGGAGGAUGCACGCCAAGAUCGUGCCCCCGUGGGCACCCCCGAAGCAGCCCAUCCUUAAGACGGUGAUGAUUCCUGGUCCCCAGCUGCAGCCCUGGGAGGACGAUAAAGAGGGCCCUGCAGAGGCCCCCAGCCCUCAGCUAGCGUGAUUGGAAAAAUGAAACCUGGAUGGCGAGGCUGCUGGAGGUCACCCGCUAUCUCCGGCCCUGUAUGGGUCUCCUCCAUGAACUCGUCCUCACGGCCAUGGCUUGGGCCGGUCCCUCUCUGUCUUUGAAAACCAGUGUCCAGCUUCUGAGUUAGAUGAAGGGCGGUGUGUCUCGGAGAACGCACAGCUGUACCAGGUUUUUGUGGAUUUUUUUUGUCCCGGGGAUUGAACUCAGGUCCUUGCGCUUGCGAGGCAGGUGGCAGGACCACUGAGCUAAAUCCCUGGCCUCCAGAUUGCUUUUUCACAGCAGACUGGGAGCACACUGGCAGCAUUCUCUAGUCCCGGGGCAGGAAUCAGAACUGAAAUAAAACACUGUCUGAGUGGCAGCUUCCGCGCAUGCUGCCGGUGCAGGCUGGGAGGAGACCAGCUUUCAAAGGCAGAGUGGAAGACCGGCCUCAUGAUUGGUGUGACUUCCAGGAAAUCAGGGCCCUGGAGAGCGAUCUGUGUGUAAAAUAGGGCCGCGCACAAGAGUGCUUUCGCAAGCACUGACCUACUGAGUCGGCAUUUACGUUUCCUAGAAGAAUAAAUACAAAGAAAGA